CCACGACAAAAUGACUCGAGCUAUCAACCUCCACCAUGAGGAGGAGGAGGUGGAAAAACUUCCACCACCACCAGGUGGAAGGCGAGGCCGACCUCUAGCUCCCAAUAAUCACCAAACUUUAUGAGGGAGAGGUGUUAAAGGUCGAGGAGGGAGACCACCAGUUCAAGCAUGUAGAUAUCCUAACCCUCGUGACUAUGAGGAGUACUACGAGGAGGAAGAGUAUCCCCAGCAUAGGGAUGACGAUAUGAGGGGGUUGAAGGUGAAAUUGCCAUCAUUCCAAGGGAGGAGUGACCCUGAAGCCUAAUUCAACUGGGAGAGAAAGAUGGAGUACUUGUUCGAGUGUCACGACUACUCCGAACGAAAGAAGGUAACAAUUGUUGCUCUUGAGUUUUCUGCCUAUGCCAUUGUUUGGUGGCACCAGCUGGGGUGAUGCAUGGGGACUGUACGAAGAAGAGCCCAUCACGACGUGGAAUCAAAUAAAAUCAACCAUGAAGAGAAGAUUCAUACCCGUUCACCACCAAUGGGAUCUUCAUCAAGCUCUUCACUUGUGGAGGCAGAGCGAAGAUUAUGGAGGAUUAUUUCAAGGAGAUGGAGACAUUGAUGAUUCGAGCUCAUGUCAAUGAAGAUAGAGAAGGAACAAUGGCUAGAUUUCUCAAUGGUCUCAAUCGGGAGAUCAGGCAGGUCCUGGAGAUUCACCAUUGACUCGUUCUAACUACAACAUCCCGAUCGAAGGCCAAGUAUAACCAGUGAUCAGGUGAAGCAUAGGGCAAGCAAGCAAUAAGAAUUUAUUGUACCACGGGGAUUUAGGCUUACCCUACUUCUGGUUUAGGGUUCGUUAUCUAGCCAAUCCUAGGAUAGUGAUUAAUAAAACUAAGUCAAUUACCCUAGACUAACCACUAACCUAGCUAUUUACAAGGUUUGGAGCUUUCUUGGUUUAAAUCCCCCUAUUUCCAACCUUCGGAUCGAUAUUGAGAACCUCCUAGUUCGAUCGACUCAAAUACUCUACCGUUUGGAGCAGGACUCCCUCGGGAAUGACCCAGAAAGGCUAAUCAGUGGAUGGGUUGGUGCUCUAUUCAACCUAGGGUUUCGUAUAAUGCUAGGAGACCGUUUGAAUCAACUCCCUCGGGACUACCCGAACAAUAUACGAUAGGAGUGACUCGAAGACGCCAAAAGGGGGUCUCCAAGGAGAUUACCUCCCUUCUAGGUCAAAAGCUCAAUACAUGAAAAUGGAAACCCAACUCAUGUCAUUCAUGAAAACAUCCAUCAAUUAAGUAAAGUCAUCAAUAAAUCAUGGAGUUUGUCACAUACAUCAACAUUAAACCCAAAUCUAGAACUAGGGGUCUUAAACGCAAGAGAAGAGGGUGAGUUUCUAGAAAGAGAGAGAGAGAGAGAGAGAGAGGAGAGAUUACAAAGAAACCUCUAGAUCUUCAUCUUCUUCUUCUAGGCUUGAUUCCUAGCUUCCAACCUUGAUCGAUGCCUUAAAUUAAGCUCCAAGAUCACUCCCUCUCUCACUAGAACUCCCCUUUGGUGUUUUGGGUUGAAACCCUAGAGAAAGAAAGUGUUCCUCCUCGAAAAACCAGGUUUCCUUUCUCUCUCCCCGCUGUUGUCUUCAUAUUUUCCCGAAAGUGACCAGUUCACAGCCGCGUGGGCCAGUUCAUGACCGUGAACACCUAAACGCAUCCGUGAACUCAGUGUCAUCUCCAAAACACACCGCUUCACUCUCCUGGGUUCACGAUUUGUGCUCCAAGUUCACGGUCUUAGAGACCAUGAACUCCCUUGGCGUCAAUAACUUCUGGAACCUCGCUGGACGCCUCGAUGUUCAUGGUUUGUGGUUCCAGUUCACGGCCUUAGAGACCAUGAACUACGGCUGCUUCAUGGACGCCUCCGCUUCACUGUUACGGUUUGGAGUUUUCUUCGGUCUUUUUGCACUUUUUGACCUCCAAUCAUCCCAAAACUCGUCCUCGACCCUUCCACGCAUGCUAGGACCUGAAAUGUAUCAAAACAAGGACAACCUAGCGUGAAAUAUGUCGAGGUACGAUGAAACUAAAAGCCAAACGAUCAAGAUACGAGGGGGAAAAUGUGUGCAAUUGGACCCGAAUCAACCAUUAUAUGGAGAUUGAGGAUUUGGUGUAGAUAGCUACUAAGGUCGAGAAGUAGCAGAAGAGAAGCUAUGCGAGGAGGAUUGCACCAUUCAGAAGUGCUUCCUUAAGUGCAACACGAGCUCCAUUUGUGAAGAAGGAGUACCCUAAGCCAGUGCCCAAGCCAGUUGCCACCAAUGCGUGAGAGAAGGCAGCUACUAACACACGUUCGAGCUCUAUUGUGUGUUACAGGUGCCAAGGUCGAGGCCAUACGACAAACCAAUGGCCAAACAAACAUGCGAUGAUCUUACUAGAUAAUGGUGAGUACUAGUCCGAAUAUGAAGAGAAGGAAGAAGAAGCUUAGGAGAGGCCAGUGCAAGGCAACUACACCUAUGUAGCUCGGCGACUUCUGAAUGUGCAACAAAGAGAAGAGAUUGAGCAGCGGGAAAACAUGUUCUGCAUUCGCUACUUAGUCAAUGGGAAGUUGUGCUCCAUGAUCUAGAUGGAGUGAGCUGCACCAACGUUGUUAGUACUCACAUGGUGGUGAAGCAAGGAUUGAAGACCAUCAAGCAUCCGCGUCCCUACACAUUAUAGUGUCCGAACAAGGAUGGAUCCAUUAAGGUGACACGAUAGAUGCUACUGAGCUUUGAGAUAGGGCAAGUAUGUUUUAAUUGUCAAACCAGGGCCGGUCCAUGUACCCCUACUUCAAUCGCCUAGUUUUUGGGUUUAAAACUAAGAAAACUAAAAAUGAAAACAAGCAAGUAAAGUAAAUCGAGGUUGUACCAAUGAGAGAAGAGUCCACCCGGGUAUUGCUCCCCCUAGCUACAUAUCAAGAUCCCCCAAAUCGAAUGCAAAUGUGUGGAGGUGUGUUAAUACACCGUAGGAGGGCGCAACAAGUGAAGGAAACCUCAUUCUCUUAAUCAAUCGAUUAAGGAAAACAAUUAAGCUAGGAACCUUAGCUCUCUCAAUCAAUGGAUUAAGGAUUGCUACAAUAAACUAGGGAGUCUAGGCGACUGGGUAUAAAUAGAGAGCUUAAAGGAGGAAGAAAGAGAGCUUUUCUAGGGUUUUAAUUUUCAGAAUAAAGGGGGAUUUUCUAGUGAGAGAUUGGGCUUUCCUCUUCCCAUUCUAGAGAGAGAAAGGGCCAUUCAAAGGAGGAAGAAGGAGAAUGGGCUUGCCCUAAACUAGAGGAGUGAAGAUUCUUACCUCUCAAGGGAGAUUCAAGCAAGGAGUAAAGAAGAUUGCCAUCUCUUCAUGGUUCUUUCUCUCCUUUUUCUUGUUUUCCUUUGCCUAGCUAUGGAAUAGCCAUUUACUUGGGUGUUGUGAACCCUAGUUUAAAAUAUGUGAUAGAUUGUAUUAAUUGAAUGCUUUGUGUGUGGGUUUGUGUUUGAUGCAAAGUUUGAGGUAUUUUCAUGAUGGUUGGGUUGUGUUCUUCAUUUCUCAUUACUUUGCCAAUUUGACCUAGGUAGAGGGAAUUCUCCUUUUUGUUAGGAUACUUUGAUAAGCUGGAUUCAUUAGCCAAUUGAGUCACCUACCUAGGGAAAAUUAGGAAAAACCUCAAGGUUAAGAGAGUUCCCCAAGACUUGAUAUUACUCUUAAUGACAUCCCUAAGCAUUUGAGACAAAGUCCUAUUAACUACUUCAGUUUGACUAUCCGUUUGAGGGUGGCAAGUAGUAGAAAACAAAAAUAUUAUUACCAAGCUUACUCCAUAGAGUUUUCCAGAAGUAACUCAAGUACUUGACAUCACGAUCAGAGACUAAAGUACAAGGCAUUCCAUGCAACCUAACAAUUUCUCAAAAGAACAAUUUAGCUACAUUAGAUGCAUCAUCACUUUUGUGACAUGGGAUAAAAUGCGCCAUCUUUG